AAUAAUUUGAUAGGGUUUGCAUCCGAUGGAGCUAAUGUUAUGAUGGGAAGUCACCAUUCUUUGAUGACACUAUUAAAAAAUGAUAUACCUAACUUAUAUAUUAUAAAAUGUAUAUGCCAUUCGUUUCACUUGUGCGCAUCAUAUGCGUGUCACAAAUUACCUAGGUACGUCGAAGAUCUCUGCCGCGAUAUUUACAAUUAUUUUAAUUCUAGCCCAAAAAGAGUUUGUGAAUUCAGCCAAUUUCAGCAAUUUUGCAAUAUAAAAACCCACAAAAUUCUACAUCCAUCGCAAACCAGAUGGCUUUCAGUUCAUGGUGUGGUAAUUCGAAUCUUAGAACAGUACGCUGCUCUGAAACUAUAUUUUACUGAUGCUGUCAACAGUAAUGAUGUCCUUGCUGCAAAUAAUAUACUGCAGAAAUUGAAUGAUCCAGUUUCAAAAUUAUUUCUAGAAUUUUUGGAUUAUGUGUUGCCUCUAUUCAAUAUUUUAAAUAUAGAAAUGCAAUCCGAGUCCCCAAAAUUGCAUGUUUUGUAUGAUAAUGUUUGCCUGGUUUUGAAAACAAUUUAUGAUUGCUUCCUUCAAAGAAAUUAUAUAACAACCACUUCAAUCGAAAAUAUUGAUUUUAAAAAUCCAAGAAAUUAUUUAGCUAUAGAAAACAUGUAUUUUGGAGCAAAAGUCGUCGCUUCAAUGACGCGACUGAACCUUACAGAUGAACAGAUUAAAUUUUUUCGACUACGUUGUUUGGAUUUUUACAUUGAAGGUUGCACCCAAAUUACUGCUAGAUUUCCUCUUAAAAACAACUCUAUAAAAAAAUUUCGUUUUUUGAACCCAACCGUUGUCAAAAGUGGGACU